AUGAGGCUAUUCGACCCUCACGCACGCGAUUACGAAACCAUUUAUCGCAAUUUCCGCUGGGAGAUACCCGAGCGUUAUAACAUCGCUACGGCAGUAUGUGACCGCCACCCCGCUGAACGAGUAGCGAUAUACUAUGAAAACGAAGCGGGCGCAACCGCCGUGUACCGCUUUGGCCAGCUUACUCGCUGGUCGAAUCAAUUUGCUAAUGCUCUGUCGGGUUUGGGCGUGGAGCAGGGUGAUCGGGUUGCUAUCGUGUUGCCUCAGCGUGUCGAGACUGGCUUGGCGCAUAUUGCCACUUACAAGCUUGGUGCGAUUGCUUUACCGCUAUCGGUGCUAUUUGGCCCCGAUGCACUGAGCUUUCGCUUGCGUGAUAGCGGUGCUAACACGGUUAUCACUGACCGUGCUCACUAUCCUCGCUUGGAGGCUUUGCGCAGCGAAUUACCGGAAUUAGUAAACCUGGUUUGCUGCGAUCAAGAACCAGGCUCGACUUAUUUCUGGGGCUUGCUCGAACAAGCCUCUGACCAAUUCGAGACCGUAGCGACACUGGCCGACGACCCAGCUUUGCUGAUUUACACCUCCGGCACCACCGGCCCGCCUAAAGGUGCAUUGGAUGCGCACCGUUGCUUGCUCGGUAAUCUACCAGGCUUUGAACUAUCGCAGAACUUUUUCGCCGAACCCGAUGACAUACUCUGGACGCCCGCAGACUGGGCCUGGACCGGCGGUUUGCUUGAUGCCUUGUUACCCAGUUGGUGUUAUGGUGUGCCGGUUUUGGCUUAUGAAGGUGGUAAAUUCGAUCCCGAAAGAGCCUGCCACUUAUUGCAGAAAUACAAUGUCCGCAAUGGUUUUAUUCCACCAACUGCCUUGAAAAUGUUGAUGCAGAUCGAGGGCAUUGAAGAGCGCUUUGACCUAAAGCUACGUUCGAUCAUGUCGGCUGGCGAAACUGUCGGCGAAGCUGUUUAUACCUGGGCCGAGCAAGCGCUCAAGGUUCAGGUCAAUGAAAUGUGGGGCCAGACCGAGUUUAAUUACCUGGUCGGCAAUUGCUCAGCGAUUAUGCGUGUUAGUCCGGGUUCGAUGGGUCGCCCUUAUCCCGGCCAUGUCGUCGAUUUGAUCGAUGAAGACGGCCAAAUUAUGGCCAAUGGUGAAAUUGGUGAGUUAGCGGCACGGCGGGGAGAUCCAGUGAUGUUUCUCGGCUAUUGGAAUCAACCGGAAGCGACACAGGCGAAAUUCCGUGGCGAUUGGUUCUGCACCGGCGACAUGGGCUACCGUGACGAUGAUGGUUAUCUUUGGUUCGUCGGCCGCAACGACGAUGUGAUUACCAGCGCCGGUUAUCGCAUUGGGCCAGGUGAGAUCGAAGAUUGCUUACUGAAGCAUCCCGCCGUCGCCCAAGCCGCUGUAAUCGGCGUACCUGAUGAACUACGCGGCGAGGCGAUCAAAGCCUAUAUUGUUCUGGCACAAGACUAUCAAGCCAAUGCUAAUUCGGGUUUGAGCAGUGAGAUUCAAGACUCGGUAAAAACCCAACUAGCUGCUUAUGAAUAUCCGCGCAUGAUUGAAUUUAUCGAUGAGUUACCGCUGACGACCAGUGGCAAAGUGCGCCGUACUGAGUUGCGGCAGCAGCAUCAACACGAUAAUUCAUGUUCCUGA